CAGUAAAAUUUGCAAACAUGGUGAAAGAAUAGACUUGUGCUUCAGAGCAGGUAGAAGAACAGCUGGUAGACGUUGUGCGAGCCAAGGAAUUGAGCAGCCAACCUUAUCUCUACCUUGCAUUUAUUUUUUUUCUUUUGCGUGUAUAAACAAAUACCAAACGCGCGUGGAAAAAACAUGUAGCUAGAUAGAUAUAGGAUGAUUAAACGAAUAUAAACAGAGUAAAAACCAAAUGGACGUAGGAAGUUAUGUUUGCCGCUUCUGAUUUUUGUCUCAACCCAUGUCUACCGUUAUCCAUCCCCAAAACCACCCACUCCGCCGCCACCACUUCCCUCCCAAGCCACCUCCGCCUCCACCACACCCUUCUCUCUCUCUUCCCAAACCUAAAUCCCACCACCGUCACCUCCUCCUCUCCUCCACCACUUCCCUCCCUCGUCACACUCUCUCCAAGCCUCUCAUUUUCAAUGACAUUAAUUCCCCACUCUCUUUGCUUCACCUUUCAGUUCAGCACUCUGACGCUGACCUAGCAAAAGCUGUUCAUGCUUGUUCUCUCAAGUCCCAAGAAGACACCCAUUUGGGUAAUUCUCUAGUUUUAGCUUAUCUAAAGCUGGGCCUUUUGAACCAUUCUUUCAAGGUCUUUACCUUUCUCUCUUGCCCCAGUGUAGUAACUUACUCUUCUUUGAUUUCGGGUUUUGCCAAAUCAAGUCAAGGAAACGAAGCGAUAAAACUUUUUAUGAAGAUGAGGAAUGAAGGUAUUAUGCCUAAUGAGUUUACUUUCGUCGCAAUUUUAACUGCUUGUAUUAGAGUUUUGGAAUUAGAGUUGGGUUUCCAAGUUCAUGGUUUGGUUAUCAAAAUGGGUUUUUUGGAUAGGGUUUUUGUAGCCAAUGCUUUAAUGGGAUUGUACGGGAAAUUUAAUGGGGCUUUGGGGUUUGUUUAUAAGAUGUUUGAUGAAAUGCCUCACAGAGAUGUUGCAUCAUGGAAUACGGUGAUUUCGAGUUUGGUGAAGCAAGGGAUGUAUGAGAAAGCGUUUGAAUUGUCUGGUGUUAUGCAAGGAAUUGGUUCUUUUAGAGCUGAUUUUUUCACAAUUUCCACUGUUUUAAGUGCUUGUGAAGGAAGUAAUGCUUUAAUGAAAGGCAAAGAAGUUCAUGCUCAUGCUAUUAGAAUUGGAUUAGUAGGUAAUUUGAGUGUGAAUAAUGCGCUUAUUGGAUUUUAUAGUAAAUGUGGUAGUGUAGGAGAUGUGGUGGCUUUGUUUGAGAGUAUGCCAGUUAGGGAUGUUAUUACUUGGACUGAAAUGAUUUCAGCCUAUAUGGAAUUUGGGUUGGUUGAUUUCGCUGUGGAGGUUUUUGACAAGAUGCCAGAGAAGAAUUGCGUUUCUUAUAAUGCUCUUAUGGCGGGAUUUUGCAGAAAUGGUGAAGGUUUGAAAGCAGUAAAGUUGUUUAUUGAAAUGGUGGAGGAAGGUUUAGAGUUAACUGAUUUCAGUUUGAGUAGUGUUAUUAAUGCUUGUGCAUUGGUUAUGGAUGCAAAAACUAGUGAGCAAAUUCAUGGGUUUUGUGUCAAGUUCGGUUUCAGAUCAAAUGCUUGUGUUGAAGCAGCAUUGUUAGAUAUGUGCAUGAGGUGUGGAAGGAUGGCAGAUGCUGAGAAAAUGUUCUGCAUGUGGCCAUCUGAACUAGAUAGCUCUGUUGUUUGUACAUCAAUGUUAUGUGGGUAUGCUCGAAAUGGACAACCUGAUAACGCGAUCUCCUUUUUCCUUAGACGUCGACUAGAAGGAACAAUGGAUAUGGAUGAUGUAACUUUAACUUCUGUACUUGGCGUAUGUGGAACUUUAGGAUUUGAAGAGAUGGGAGAACAAAUCCACUGUCAUGCCCUUAAAAUUGGGUUUGUGUCUGAUUUAGUGGUGUUAAAUUCCGUUAUUAGCAUGUAUGCCAAAUGUGGGAACAUGAAUGGUGCAAUCAAAGUUUUCAAUAAUAUGCCCAUACGUGAUGUAGUUUCCUGGAAUGCUUUGAUUGCUGGCCAUAUUCUUCAUAGGCAGGGUGAAGAGGCGCUGGCUGUUUGGUCUAUGAUGGAGGAGGCAGACAUAAAGGCAGACACAAUUACUUUAAUUUUAGUUAUUUUGGCAUAUCGGCAUACUAACUCAGAUUUAGUUGAUAACUGUCGUAAGCUAUUUCUCUCCAUGAAAACCAAUUACAACAUUGAGCCCACUCCACAGCAUUAUGCCUCCUUUGUUAGUGUUUUGGGACGUUGGAGUCUUCUUGAAGAAGCAGAAAAAAUGAUUGAUAAGAUGACAGCCGAACCAAAGGCCUCUGCUUGGCGCGCUUUACUUGACAGUUGUAGAAUCCAUCUGAACACAACCAUUGGGAAACGAGUGGCAAAGCACAUACUUGCGAUGAAGCCACGAGAUCCUCCUACAUACAUACUCGUGUCAAAUCUUUACUCUGCAUCUGGGAGAUGGCAUUGCUCUGACACAAUCAGAGAGGAUAUGAGAGAAAAGGGGUUUCGGAAACAUCCUGCACGAAGUUGGAUCAUUCAUCAAAACAAGGUACAUUCAUUCUAUGCAAGGGACAAAUCUCAUCCUCAAACGAAGGACAUCUAUAGUGGGUUAGAAAUACUGGUCUUAGAAUGUGUAAAAGCUGGAUAUGUGCCAGACACCAGCUUUGUUCUUCAUGAGGUUGAGGAGCAUCAGAAGAAGGAUUUCUUACUCUAUCAUAGUGCAAAACUAACAACAACCUAUGGGCUUUUGAUGAGCAGGCCGGGGGAACCCAUACGGAUUGUCAAGAACAUCCUUCUGUGUGGAGACUGCCAUACAUUUUUGAAAUUUGUUUCUGUGGUCACGAGGAGAGAGAUCUUUUUGAGAGAUGCUUCAGGAUUUCAUUGCUUUCGGAGUGGACAGUGCUCCUGUAAAAAUUAUUGGUGAUGGAUCUGUGCUACAAAGUUAAUUUAGUAGGCCUCAUUCAAUGCAUUUGUACGUACUGAAUUUAGAUUUUUCACGCAUCUCUGGCUCUUUUAAGAAGUUUGAAGCCAGUGUUGCAUAAAUGUAUUGUAUGUAUAAGUUCUUGUAGUGAAAAUCAUGUACAAGUUAAUUAAGAUACGUGAAA